CCAAGACAGAUGCGUUCCGGACGCGGUGGCCAAUGGGAGGCGCGGGCCGCGGAGUGCCGGCUUAGGCUGGAUGGCGGUCGGGCCCUGCUAGCCCGCGCCUCGCCGCGAUCGUCGCCGCCCGGGCGGGACAUCAUGCCACAGGGAGAGUGAGCUCUUGCCCGUUUACCAUGGAGGACUCAGGAAAGACUUUUGGAUCAGAGGAGGAAGAGACAAACUAUUGGAGAGACUUGGCCAUGACCUACAAGCAGAGGGCAGAGACUACGCAGGAGGAACUCCGAGAAUUCCAGGAAGGAAGUCGGGAAUACGAAGCUGAAUUGGAGACUCAGCUGCAGCAGAUUGAAACCAGGAACCGGGACCUUCUGUCAGAGAAUAAUCGCCUUCGAAUGGAGCUGGAGACCGUGAAGGAGAAAUUUGAAAUGCAGCAUUCAGAGGGCUACCGGCAGAUCUCAGCCUUGGAGGAUGACCUGGCUCAAACAAAAGCCAUUAAGGAUCAACUGCAAAAAUACAUCCGGGAAUUGGAGCAAGCCAAUGAUGACCUGGAAAGAGCCAAACGAGCCACAAUCAUGUCCCUGGAAGACUUUGAGCAGCGUUUGAACCAAGCCAUUGAAAGAAAUGCCUUCCUGGAGAGCGAGCUGGACGAGAAGGAGAAUCUCCUCGUCUCCGUGCAGAGGCUGAAGGAUGAAGCCCGAGAUCUGCGGCAGGAACUGGCUGUGCAGCAGAAGCAAGACAAGCCGCGGCUGCCCAUGCCAAGCUCAGCGGAAGCCGGGAGGACAGACAUGGCUGUGCAGGCCACAGGCUCCGUCCCAUCUACCCCCACCACUCACCGAGGACCCAGCUCUGGCUUGAACACGCCAGGAAUGUUCAGACGUGGCCUGGACAGCUCCAGGAGUGGCACCCCACUCACACCUGCUGCCCGGAUAUCAGCCCUAAACAUCGUUGGUGACCUGCUUCGGAAAGUCGGGGCUCUGGAGUCCAAACUAGCAUCAUGCCGGAACUUCGUAUAUGAUCAGUCCCCAAGCCAGACAGCUGGGCCAGCCUCAGGGAGAGGAAGCAAAAACAGAGAUGCUGGUGACAGGCGGCCAAGCAGCACCAGUGUGGGAGAUAAAGGGAGAGAAAACUGAGACCCUGUGAGAAAUUGUUCCCGCUCUUGACAUUCACUCUUAGAACCCUGGGGUUCCUGUGCUAGCCACUGGGAUACUGUUGUCUCAUCCGUUAAAUGUGGUUUGCUCUGUCUGAAGGUCAGGAAAACGCUUGGAGUUUGGGAAGCCAGCCUCACAGCUCUCAUCACCAGCGCUGCCAUCCACCCAGGGUGUGGUCAAGCUUUUGCUUUAGGACCAAUGGGAACUGCACCUCACCUGUCUUCCCCACUUUAUAGUCAGCUUUUAGUUGUUUUAUCUUAAAGGUAGUUAAGAGCCGGUAUCACCAGCAUUCACUUUGCUAUUCAGCCUAAUCUGACUAAGGCUGUUGGCUGUGGACUUGGCAUCGUCCUGUAAUGUGGCCCAGUCCCUGGCAGUGUGCGUCAUAGAAAUGAGCUGGUCCCCUAAAGCAGCUCUAAGGUGUGGGUACCAUUGGCUACUUGGAGUUUUAAUGGCCUCCUGAGGUGUUUUGAAGAUGUGUGAUCUUCAGAAGGGCACUAGAAGGCCCAGCUCAGGAGCCCUCUGCUGCCUGCUUCCAGCUGGGGCUAUCUUCUGGAACUUUCUCCCAGUGGCUUUACAGCAUGGUUAAAUUGUACCU